AUUGGUUAGCACUGUUUUUGAUAGGGAGAUUUGCUUCAAUUGUAAGCUGAAUACACCAGGAAAUGUAUCUGGCUCUUCUAAUAUCUUUCCUAGCAAUAGGGUGGAGUUUGAGUGUGAUAUCCGUAUCUGGACAUGUGUGGGAGAGUGCAUAUGCUUUGCAAAACCGUGAUAGAGAGGUCGAUUAUUAUCUAAAAAAAAUCAGAUCUUCGGAUCGGUUCUGACUCCUGAUUACAAGUAUGGUUCACUCAUGAGAGUGGGAGAGACUUAUGAAGAAGUUAUUGGGACUCUAGAUGAACGUCUUAGAUGUGAGAGACUACCCGACGAGGACUAUAAAGACGAAUAUAAUCCUAAAACUUACUUCUACAACACUCAGCUGAUACCAGACUUUCCCUACACCUUUAUCCACAAGCAGGUUUGGAACUGUACCCAGGCAUCUAAAACGGUGAGAUAA